AUGGUGAAUCCGUCCACGUCGUCUCACACGCAGCCAAUCCUCAUCAUAGGAGCGGGAGCUUUUGGGCUAUCAACCGCCCUGGAGCUGUCCUCUCGAGGCUACACCAAUGUCACUGUUCUUGAUCGUUAUCCACCGCCUGUUCCGGAUGGCAGCAGUGUCGAUAUCUCCCGAAUUAUUCGAACCGAAUACGCGGACCCUCUAUAUUCCCAGAUGGCCCAGGAAGCUAUGCAGGGCUGGAGAACACAGUUGAAGGACUACUACCAUCACUCUGGCUUCGUCAUGUUAUCUGAAACGGCGCAGAACCCGUACAUUAAUAAGACGUUGGAAAUCGCCCAUGUCGAGGGCAAGUCUCUAGAUGAGUUCGUUGAUGGGAACGGUCUCAAGAAGAUGUACCCGGACAUCCGAGCCGACUACGCUCAUCUUCGAGCGUAUCACAAUCCUGAAGGAGGUUGGGCCGAUGCUGAAGGCAGUAUACGGUAUCUCAGUCACCAGUGCAGCCAGGCUGGGGUUUCUUUCAUCACUGGGAAACUGGGAACAGUUAAAUCGCUGCGCAGGGCCAGAUCACAUGUGGUUGGAGUGAACCUGCUGAAUGGAGAGUUCCUACCCGCAUCCCAGGUGAUUCUCUGUACAGGUGCCUGGUCCAACCUGUUACUCAAUCUCUCUCAUGCUGCGUCUGCAUCCGGCCAACCCGUCGGAUUCAUCCAAUUGAGCCCCGACGAAGCCCUCAGGAUCCAAAAAAUCCCCGUCAUGAUAAACCUUAGCAGUGGCAUCUUUCUCUUUCCACCGCAGCCAGGAACAAAUAUCCUAAAGAUUGCCCGGCACAGCUACGGAUUUGCAACUUCCAUGCCAACCGAUGAGGAUGGCCGCACGGUAUCCUCGCCUAAGCGUGAUUCCAAUAACGCUGAUCGGUCCUUUCUGCCUGAGGAGGCAGACAAAGCCCUACGAGAAGGUCUUCGACAGCUUCUGCCUGAGUUUGCGGAGCAUCCUUGGUUAAACCGUCGCUUGUGCUGGUAUACAGACACCCCAGAAGGAGACUUUGUGAUCGACUACCAUCCAGAGUUGGAAGGGCUCUUCAUUGCCACUGCUGGAGCUGGACACGCAUUUAAAUUUCUACCAAUUCUGGGCCGGUACGUAGCCGACCGCUUUGAGAAUCGUGUCUCCGAUUCAAUCAGACAGAAAUGGAGACUUCGCUUAGCGGAAGGAGAGGGUAAUCUCAAGGUAGGAGAUGGAAGCCGUGCAGGGCCUGCCUUACGGACGUUGACUCCGGAAGAGCAAAGCAAGUUAUAA